GGUGUUACACACACACACACUCACACCCCCACUGACAAUAAUAACCACUGAUCCUCACUGGAGGGGCACAAAAGUAAGAAUUAUACACUCACCAAAUCACAUUUUAUAACAUUAAAAGUCCCUUAAAAAAAGAAACAAAGCAAUGGAUAAAAAGGAAUGAGAUGCACAAAUGGACAGCUUGACGCAGGGAAGAUUUCAGCAGGAGCACCAGUUAAAGCUGGUAUCUUCACGUUCAUACCAUCAGUGAGGACUUUACCAGUUAAAAGCCUUCUUGCUGAGGAAGACAAAUUUGAAGCUUUUACAGGAAUAUCAGAUAAGGACGUAGCCGUGUCCCAUGAGAGGACCGCCGAGGGGAACAUGUCAGACGGGCACAUUUUCAAAGCAAAGAUCAACUUUAUCAAGGACAUAAUGGAGAGAGGACCCCAAAAUACAGGCCCGCUGGAGACUAAACCUAAAUGGAAGCCUCCAGAAAACCACGUGAGCCCAACUCAAACCAACGCCUCGCCCUCCGGCAGAGCCCAGUCUGAAAAUACACCAAACCGCACAGGCACCGGGACGGUCACUAUGGAAACAGCUGUUGAUCAACACUGGGGCAAUUCCCGGCGGCAGAGUCACGACACUUCUGGACGCGCUGAGGUUAUCUUAGGUUGCUUCCUGGAUAAAGCCAAUGCGCCAGAUGAUAGGACGAGCCCCGUAAACUCGGCAGAUAUGUUUUCCACCCCGGCCUCAUCCAGAGAGUCCAUCCUAUCAGAGGGCUCAGACAAGAAGAGCUGGGUUGCCAUGCAGCAUUCCUCAGUAACUUCUCCUGCUUCCUUCAGUCGUACUGUUUCUCCCUGCUCUUCCGUUCGCUCUGGUGUCUUCUCACCAGCUGUUGUCCAAGUCAGGAAGCACUUUCUUGCCCCGGGCUCCAGCUUGCUUCACGACCCUCAGACCUGUUUCUCAUCCUGUGAUAGCCUGUCCUCUUCAGCCUGUCCGCUGACGCCCCCCCCCAGGCACCGGCCGCCGCUCACCCGCCUCUCCCUCCUCACAGCCAUCCUUCGGAAAGGUCGGCUCCCGGUCCUGUCCCCUGCCCUCCACAGGCCUUACACCCCCUGCUGGCCCGUUAACCCCGUCACCCUGUCUUUCUGCAAUGCCUGCUCAGCUGCCUCCAGUGUGGCCUCCAUUCCCCUUGAGUUUUCCUCCCGAUUCUCCUCAUCAGCGUCAAUAGAUCAGCAAAAUCAGGUUUACGGGGAUGCCAGUAAUUGUAUCACUCCCACCCCAGCAGUGGAGGCUGGUAAGAACAAAGAAACGCGCCAUCACACUCAGGCGACAAGAUGCAAAGCGCUCAUUUGCUCUGACAGUGAGCCUAGACAGGAGCGGGUUAUCUCCCCUCCACCAAAAAAGAGCAACAUGCUCUUCCGAACUCAUCUGCCUCUAUUUUCAAAUUUAAAAUCAGUUUCUUCGCCAAAUCAUGAAAAACCAGACUCACCGCAACACGGUUACAUUUCCAAAGUGCCUGAACUAAACUCCAGCGACACACGCGUGCUCCUCCAGGACCAUGCAGAUAAUAACGUUAAAAAACCCAUCUCCCAGUCCUCUCAAUCUAUUAAUGAGCCGGACACCUCUGUGCCCCCAAAAUGGACCAGUCAAUCAUCUCUCUCAAGACUCAAUUUGCUAUCUCAGAAGCUGAGAUCUCCACCUGUCGCCCCUCCUCUUCUUCGGCCUUCUCAGUCACACGGCGCCGUUUCCUCAGCCUGCUCAGACACAGCAUGGCCUCUCAGGCCUUUACAGAACAACACCUGGGUGGGAGGGUGGGAGUCAGAGAGAAGCUGUGCUGUUUCCAGGAGCUGCACACCUUCACAGGGUUCUCAAAAAGCACACUGCCUGUCUCCUUCCCGUUACACUCCCAUAGCUUUUUCAGGAUGGCCAUCCCCCUCCAGUACUCCCACGCCUACGCCCUCUCCUGCCCCACCACUCAGAGACUUCACCCCGUCCCCUAGCCGCUCCCUGUGCUCCACGCCUUUGUCAAGACCGGGGAGCGGAAUGUCAGACUGGAGUGACAGGGAGGGUAAAAAAGCGAAGACAUACAGGAUUAAGCUGGGCUACAAAUCGCUUGCUGCAAUCCCCACAAACAACCUUUUGCUGGAGCAGCAAGUGAUCGAUGAGCAGGUGGACAAAGACCAGAGUAAUUGUAACCCGCUGAAAAGAUGUGUUAAGGACACCCACGAAGAGAUGUGCUCACCAGCCCAAUUCCACCAACGCUCACAGGAACUUUGUGCAGCUAUCGAUGAGAUUCUGGCAAAUUCCGUUCCAGCUAGUAUGUUGUUUUACUUCUUUAUUUUGUACUUACAGCUCGGCAAGUCAUCAUUACAAAAAUCGUUGGGGAGGGAAACCAAAUAUGCUUCUGUGUGCAGUUUGCACCCGACUCCCAGUAAGGAAAGAAAACUUAUGGACCCCCAUAAGACAAAACCUGGGGUCAUUCGCCCAAUGACAGCCAUUCCAAGACUGAAUGCUGAGGCUGAAGAUGAAUAUCUUCCAAAUUCCUUCAGGCAGUUUGUCAAGCAGAAUUUACCUGAUAGGAAGAAGGUGGAAAAUGUGGGUGUGGAGGAGUCCCAAACAGAUGUGUACACAAACAAAAAAGGAAAAAUACUGAGCAAUAAGAGGAAAUCAGACAGAAGUGGUUCAUUUCCUGCGUGUGAGCUGCACAUCAAAGAGCCUGAUGAGCAGAUCAGUCAUCUUGGAAAAGGUUCUUCAUCGUGUUUCAGUGCCACCGAGAAGCGUAUGGAAACUUAUGAAACUCACAUUUAA